AUGAGUGCCCGUUUUUCUCGGACCAUCUAUGUUGGGAACCUUCCAGCUGAUAUUAGAAAGCAUGAGAUUGAAGAUUUAUUUUACAAGUAUGGCCGUAUUAUGGAAAUUGAAUUGAAGGUUCCUCCUCGCCCACCCUGCUAUUGUUUUGUGGAGUUCAAUAGUUCACGGGAUGCAGAAGAUGCCAUCAGAGGUAGAGAUGGCUACAACUUUGAUGGUUGCAGAUUGAGGGUUGAAUUUGCACAUGGUGGCAGGGGUCCAUCUUCGUCCAGUGAUCGUCGUGGUGGCUAUGGUAGUGGAAGUGGCAGUGGUGGUGGUGGUGGUGGCCGAUAUGGUGCUUCCCGUCAUUCUGAAUUUCGAGUUAUUGUUCGUGGACUUCCGUCCUCUGCUUCUUGGCAGGACCUGAAGGAUCAUAUGCGAAAAGCUGGGGAUGUCUGCUUUGCUGAAGUUUCACGUGACAGUGAAGGAACCUAUGGCCUUGUCGAUUAUACCAAUUAUGAGGACAUGAAAUAUGCUAUCCGUAAGCUUGAUGAUAGCGAGUUCAGAAAUCCUUGGACAAGAACUUAUAUCCGGGUAAAGGAAUUCAAGGGCACUCCAUCGAGAAGCCGAAGUAGGAGUCUCAGUAGAAGCAGAAGUCCCAGAAGGAGAAGGUCCUUAGAGCGGUCGGUUUCGAGGUCGCCAUCUGCAUCUCCUGUUAAGGCAUCCAGGUCAAGGUCGAGGUCAAGGUCAAAGUCUGCAUCUCCUCGUGAGGCAAGGUCCGUAAGCCCAUGA